AUGGCUCCUGCUUUUGCAAAAUUUCUACCUUAUACAGGCCAAGAACCGCCUGAUGAUUACUUGAAUAAAGUUAUCCAAUCAUGGGCAUAUCUUGAAGGGCAUAUGACAGUUCUUGAGAAUGCAAAUAUAGGAGAUUUUGACAAUGACGUCAAGUGUAAUAUUUUAAAAUCUAUAAUGGGCUUGGAUAAGGGCAAAAUAUUAGUGAGAGACUGUUGGAAAUCAGCAAUUAGCUAUUCAAAGAUUGACUCAAGAAAGAUAUCAACUCUAUGA